CAUAUCUCUUGACAAAGGCUUCUGUGAUCUCCGUGCUUUAAAGGAGGCUUUAUUGAAGAGUUCCCAGAGUCAGCUGGUUCCUUGUGAUACUUGCGGGCGGGUCUUUAACUGUUCCAGCUUAACCCAAAAUGUGCAGAGGAGAAUGAUGGAAGCCCCUGAAUACCUUGAUUUGGAUGAAAUAGAUUUUAGUGAUGACAUAUCUUAUUCCGUAACGUCUCUCAAGACCAUCCCAGAGCUGUGCCGAAGAUGCGACUCUCAAAGUGAAGACAGAUCAGUUUCUAGCUCUAGCUGGAGCUGUAGUGUUUCCACUCUCAUCGGGAAUUCACAGAAACCAACUGGAAUCUCAGAUAUCCACAGUAAGUUCCGCCCAGUGAAGAGGGUUUCCCCGCUAAAGCACCAGCCAGAGACCCUUGAGAACAAUGAAAGCGAUGAUCAAAAGAACCAAAAGGUGGAGUUCCAGAAAGGAGAUCCCAGCCAGCCGCAGCAGGCUGAACAGCUGUCUCCCGAAGAUGGUGACAGCCUUAAAGGUAAAAGCACUGAACCCAGUGCUCUGUUGGGGGAAUUGGAGCACUAUGACCUCGACAUGGAUGAGAUCUUGGAUGUGCCUUACAUUAAAUCCAGCCAGCUGCUGUCCUCUUUUUCCAAGGGCGCUUCAGAGAAAAGGAUUUUGGGUAUUGGCUCAGGGGCCAGUGGCCUCCCAGGCCAGCCCUGCUCUCCUGGAAAUGCUGAGAACUCGUUAGCCAGCAUGACGCCACUCUGUGUUCUGUCCCCUGUGAAAAGCUCUCAUUUGAGAAAAGCGCAGUCCAUCGCCCUGGAUCAGCACAAACAGGCCACUGAAUUGGAGCUGCCCCAGCCUCUGGUUAAAUGUGUCUCAGUCCACGAGCCUGAAAUCCACAGCAAGGGCUUCCUUAAUGGGACCCAUGCAGACUCUCCACCACAGAAGGUCGAGAAGACCGUGUCAACCUGUCAGCUGAGGACGUUUCCCCUGCAGGCAUCAGUCACAGAAACCAAACUGGGCACGUUGAGCAGCAGCGUCACCUGGAACAGUCCAGGUGGCCCAGAUGAGAAGAAUGAAGAUGUGAAAAAAGUGAAAAGCAUUCUGAACAUUGUUAAAGAAGGGCAGAUCUCACUCCUGCCACAUCUUGCAGCAGACAAUCUGGACAAAAUUCAUGACGACAGCAGAAACAAUCUGCUACACAUUGCAGCCUCACAGGGCCACGCCGAGUGUUUGCAACACCUCACUUCUUUGAUGGGAGAAGAUUGCCUGAAUGAACGAAACAAUGAUGAAUUAACGCCAGCUGGUCUAGCCAUCAAGAAUGGCCAACUGGAGUGUGUCCGUUGGAUGGUGAGCGAAACAGAAGCAAUUGCAGAAUUAAGUUGCUCAAAGGAUCACCCCAGCCUAAUUCAUUAUGCUGGUUGCUAUGGUCAGGAGAAAAUUCUUCUGUGGCUGCUCCAGUUUAUGCAAGAACAGGGCAUUUCUCUGGAUGAAGUCGACCAGGGUGGGAACAGUGCAGUACAUGUAGCUUCGCAACAUGGUUUCCUGGGAUGCAUACAGACGCUGGUUGAAUAUGGAGCAAACGUCACCAUGCAGAACCAUGCUGGAGAGAAACCGUCCCAGAGUGCUGAGCGGCAUGGACACACCAUGUGUUCCCGCUACCUGGUGGUGGUGGAGACGUGCAUGUCACUGGCAUCUCAGGUGGUGAAGUUAACCAAACAGCUGAAAGAGCAGACAAUGGAACGGUUCACACUACAGAACCAACUCCAGCAACUUCUAGAAGCCCAGAGAUCAGAAGGCAAAUCACUACCAUCAACCCCGAGUUCUCCGUCUUCGCCAGCUUCCAGAAAAGCCCAGUGGAAACCACCAAGUGCAGAUGAUUUGUCAGUAACCACCAGCUCAGAUGGAAUUCAGAUUCUCGGCAGUUUGGCCACCCCCAGCCGCACCCGGGCUAAGGUGAAAGACGAGGACUCGGAUAAAAUCUUACGCCAGUUGUUGGGGAAAGAGAUUGCGGAGAAUGUUGGUGUGCAGGAAAAGCUGUCCUUGGAAUUCCAGGAUGCUCAGGCUUCCUCACGGAACAUGAAGAGCAUUCCCUCAGAGAAGAGGGAACAGAAGCUGGCGCGGCUGAGGCAGCUGAUGCAGCGCUCCCUCGGUGAGGUCGACACCGAGCCGAGCAAUUCUGAGGAGCGCAAGGGCACCCCGGUCAAAAGAGCAGACAAGCCCAGGCCACAGCCCAUCGUGGAGGGGGCGGAAAGUGCCGAGAGCUUACAAUUGAUGAUUAAAAAGCACACUUUAGCCCCUGGGCGCAGGUUUCCUUUUGGCAUGAGAGCCUCCAAGUCGGUUGAUGGCCACAGCCCAUCUCCCACCUCAGAGAGCAGCGACCUAGACAUUGAAUCCCAUUACCCGGCCCCUGGGAGUGCAGCUCCCAACCAGUCUCCCGGAGAUGCCGCACCGUCUUCCCCCGAUGGCACUGCAGCCCAGAAGACUGCUACGAGCCCCAAGAGUGCUCUCAAGUCCCCAUCCUCCAAGCGUCGAACCUCCCAGAACUUGAAACUCAGAGUGACCUUUGAAGAGCCGGUGGUGCAGGUGGAGCAAACAGAGCUCGAAUUUAAUGGGGAAAAGGACCCUGAGCGGGGAAAAUCUGCCCAGCGGCUUCCCUCCAGCAGUGAGGCUAGUGACCACCUCAAAAGGCCCUUUGGAACUUUCAGAUCAAUAAUGGAGACCCUGAGCGGCAACCAGAACAAUAACAAUAACUGUCAGGCUGCUGGCCACUUCAGGACCUCAUCGACGCUGCCCUUUACUUCUCUAGGAAGGAAGGCUGUGGACGCCAAGGGAAAUCCAACAAGCUCGACGAGCAAAGGAAAGAACAAACCAGAGACUUACCACAGCUGCACGAAUCUUUCCUCUAGUGCGCUGAUCGAGGAACAUCUACGUAACUAUGCAUGGCAUAAUGACAUCAAUAGGAAAAUUAAGAAAUCUUACAGCAAAAAGAGUAUUCAAGAGCUAGAGCUGCAAGAAUUUUUCCUGUAAACACCAGCUCACGGAGUCUGACCGUUGCCCUUUGACCAUGGUUGGAAACACCUCAGCGCUCCUUUGCAGAAACAGGACAAUGAGAAUUAAUCCUCACCAGCAAAAUCAGAGAUUGUUAGGAUGCCUUAAAUUUGUAGCAGUCAGACCAUACAAGAAGCUUUUUUUAUGAUCUGCGUGUACAUUACUGGUUUUUAAGGUAUGUGUUUUCAAAGGCAUGACUGGGCGAAUGGAAUGUUUUCGAGAACUGUAACGACACAAGAAACCUCUAGAAUGUUCUUCUGGGCCCUGGGCCCACUUCUUAUUCCAUCAGUUGCAUGGGUACUCUGGUAACACUGAUUGUACUUCCCCCUUUUUUUCAGUGACGUGUGCUGUUUCCACUCAGCUCCUCAGUGAGAGAGAGCAUGUCAGUGGCACUGUUUUUGGUCAAGUCUGUUUUGUCCGUCAUUUCAAUUUUUUGUAUAAAGGAAAUAAAACAAG